AGGACCUUGAUAUUUAAGAAACGCACUUCGUGAAUCGUGAUUGGCGUUGCGCGAGAGAAGAGAGUAGCAGAGAAAAAUGGCGUCUUGGAAUUCAUUUCCGCUCCAAGUUUUCUACGAAGCUCUUGGUUGGUUCGCCUUCGUUUCCUGGUCCAUCAGUUUCUACCCUCAAGUAAUCUUGAAUUUUCGCAGGAAGAGUGUGGUUGGGCUCAACUUCGAUUUCGUGCUUCUGAAUUUGACCAAGCACAGUUCCUAUCUCAUAUACAACGCUGCUCUCUACUUCAGCCCUGCUAUUCAGAAGCAAUACUUUGAAAAAUACGGUUACGGACAGAUGAUACCUGUGGCUGCAAAUGAUGUUGCUUUCUCGAUCCAUGCUGUUCUACUGACAGCAAUUACGUUGUUCCAGAUUGCAAUCUAUGAACGUGGGAGUCAGAAAGUGUCUAAAGUUUCUAUUGGAAUUGUCUCGAUUGUUUGGCUUAUUGCGGCAGUUUGUUUCUUUAUUGCUUUGUCGAAUCAUUCCUGGCUUUGGCUUCUCUCCAUCUUCAACACCAUUCAAGUAGUUAUGACUACUAUAAAGUACAUUCCUCAGGCAGUCAUGAACUUCCUAAGAAAAAGUACUGAUGGCUUCAGUAUUGGUAACAUUCUACUUGAUUUUUCUGGAGGGAUAGCAAACUAUGGACAGAUGGUUGUGCAAUCAGUAGAUCAAAAUUCAUGGGUCAACUUCUAUGGGAAUAUAGGAAAAGUGUUGCUAUCUCUGGUAUCUGUAUUCUUUGACAUUAUUUUCAUUAUUCAACAUUAUGUUCUUUAUCCUGGUAAAAAAUCCUCCAAAUCGGUGAUCACUACAGAGCAAGAAGAUCAAAUCAGAGAGCACCUUGUCAGACCUUCUGAUCAAUCACCAUCAGAGAAUGUGUAAGACAUAUUUGUGUCAAAAUCAAAUUAGGAUGCUAUUCUUAUUCCAUACAUCAGGGGCACCAUUUUGCUGGGAGCUUUAAAAACAUUGUAUAAGUUUUAAGAAUUAUAGCCGCCUAGUCUUUUAUACUAAUUUGUAUAUUAAAUUUAUCAAGCUACUGAAUUCCAUACUGGUGUUUGUGGCUAAAGAUCAAAUGCAUGUAGCCAAAUAACUUCACUUAACUAUCAAUUUUUUAACCUU